AUGGGACUGCUUGGCCGGAAGGCUAAGUGGCGUCUGACAUUUGCCACCGGCCUUGUCGAAUGUCUUGGUUUCUCAGGCGUGAUUGCGGGUUGGCCAUCGCUAGUAUAUGUGCUGAAAGAGGAUCAGUACUUCGCCGAGCUCUGUGAGACGGCGCGCAACUCCAGCCGUAGCUCGGCACCAAAUGACACCUUGGGCUGCAUUCUGCAGGAGGAGCGUUUUACGCUUAUCUUCACAAUUGCCACAGCCAUCAAAAACAUUGCCGCGAUCGUCAACGGCUGUCUGCUCGACUACUGUGGUACGAUGGCGACUAGAUUCGUUGCCAUAUCCCUUUACACUGCGGCCACGCUGCUGAUCGCCUUCUCCACUGCUGCAUCGGCAAUGCUCUUGUUUCCUGGUGUCUGCUUUCUUGGAGUGGGCGGAUUAAUGCUACUGAUCACCAAUAUUCAGGUUGGAAACCUAUUUGGAAAAAAUCGUUCUACAGUUAUCGCGCUGUACAUGGGAGCUUGCGAUUCAUCACCAGUCGUACUCGAGCUAGUGAAGUUGUUGUAUGAAGCUGCUUUCUCUCUGAGAUCCAUCUUCUUCUUCAUGAGCUGCCUGAGCUUUCUACACAUCAUCCGCACUAUAUUCCUGAUGCCUUGGACACACAUCCCCUAUCCGUUACCACAGGGCUAUACCUACGGGGCGACUUGUGAGAUGUGUAAAUUGAUCCGAUUCUUCUCCGAAGAGCGGUUCACCGACUGGAGCCGCUCCAUCCCGGGAACGGCCGGGGCGGGCAGCGAGAGGAUGCAGGAGACUGAAGGGCUCACUGGACAGGAAAGGAAAGAGGAGGGACGAACGACUGAAGACUUUGGAGAAAAAAGCGAAGAGACAGAGGUCGGAGGGAGAAGCAGAACGAAGUCCCAAAGAGACUUAGGAAACAGACAUGGAACUGGUUAUGGGAAUACUCGGCCCAAUGGGAUAAAAGGCCUGGUGGCCAGAGACAACGAGGAGCAGAUUUCCUCCUUCUGGAGUUGCCUCUUCUCCCGGCUUUGGCUCAUGCACCUGCUCUGGCUCUCGCUUAUCCAGCUGCGGAAUUUACUGUUUAUCGGGACCCUGAAUCCGACGCUGAACCUGCUGGCGGGCAGGGAUCCCGGGAAAGUCAGCAGGUAUACAAAUGCCUUCGCCUUCGCCCAGUUGUGUGCCCUUUUCUGUGCUCCCUGUAACGGGCUGAUUCUGGACCGACACAAACGGAGAGGUCGGAGGUUGGAUUCAGUCGCAGACAUGCAGUCAAUGGUGCUCUCUCUCACCGUGACCGCCACACUCUCCGUCCUCUUCUCUAUCUGCGCCGCCAUCCCAGUACUGGAAGUGCAGUACCUGACUUUCGUCAUACAGGUGUUCCUUUCAACAUUCCUCUACGGAAGCGACGCCGCAUUCAUCGCUAUCGCCUUUCCCCCAUGUCAUUUCGGGAAGCUCUACGGAACCACGCAGGCUCUGGCUGGACUGUUCUCUCUCCUCCAGUAUCCUUGUUUCAUCCUCGUCAAGGAAAACUUGCAGGGCAACCCAUUGUACGUGAACAUCGCGUUUAUUGCGUUAAUGACGCUGGCCUUUGCCCAUCCUCUGAAUGUCCAGCUUUUGUGGAGACGGGAGACAUUGAUGAGGACUGGAAGAAGCAGCAUGUCCGUGGAAUGGGAAGAUACCUACCCACUCAUGGAAGACAAUUGGAGUCCUGGGGAUAGAGAGAUGGGGGCUCAAUCAGAGGGUUCAGUGCAGAGCAUUGGGGAGCGGGAAGGAUCGGAAGAGGAGCAAGUGUGGGAUCCGUGGGUGCUUGUGGGGAAGGAUCUUGAGAAACCUCAGACAGCCAGUGCUGAAAGUGAUAUCUUUAGCUCCAUCACCAUGAACACGGGCGCACCACCCCAGCCCGACAUCCGCUAA